CAUUGAUAGUUCGCAAUGGCGAAAUCAUGGUCAUCUGUGUUUGCAAAUAUACCGCCUAGUUUUUGGGGUUAUCUUGGCACAUUUUUAGCUCUAGGACUUGCUGUUCUUGGUGCAGGAUGGGGCAUUUUAUUAUGCGGUACUUCCAUUAUGGGAGGUUCAGUUAAUUCGCCGCGUAUUACUGUGAAAAACCUCGUAUCUGUGAUUUUCUGCGAAGCUGUUGGUAUAUACGGCCUUAUUGUUGCUGUGCUUCUACUCAAUGCUUCUUUGGGUUUCACUGCCACCCCUCGUCCUGAUGAUUUUAAUGCUGACAAGCGUAUUACGUUGUUAUACUUCUUAGAAGUACAUCGUGGUUACGUAUUGUUUGCUAUUGGAUUGACUUCUGGUCUAUGCAACUUGUUUUGCGGUCUCUCAGUUGGUGCUGUUGGCAGCGCUUGUGCUUUAGCUGAUGCUCAGAAGCCUCAGUUAUUUGUGAAGAUUCUUAUGGUUGAGAUUUUCGCUGGUAUUAUCGGUCUUUUUGGCGUAAUCUUUGCCGUACUUCUUCUUAGUACUAUGCCUUAGUAUAUUCAUUUGAAC